AUGACUGCUCAGAAAAUUAAGGUCGCCGUCACUGGCGCAACCGGCGAAACUGGUGUAUCAAUCGUCAAAGCCUUGCUUGAGAGCGAAGAAUUUGCCAUCACUGCGUAUGUCAGGCCAUCCUCCACCGAGAAGCCACAGCUCCAAGGCUUCAAGGAGAAGGGAGUGCCAAUCAUCCCUCUUGACCUCGAGGCAGCGCCGCUCGAAGAAAUUGUCAAGGCGUUCCAAGGACAAGAAAUUAUCAUCUCUGGUGUUAUGCCUCAUACCUCUGAUAUCGAGAAGAAGCUCGCAAAUGCAGCGAAACAAGUGGGCGUUAAGAGGUUUAUCCCUAGUUUCUUUGCACCUCUUGCCCCCCCAACGGGGGUCAAUAUUUUGAGAGAAAUCAAAGAGGAGGUUAUUAACCAUGUCAAGAAACUCCAUCUGCCCUACACCGUCAUUGAUGCUGGUGGAUGGUAUCAAGUAUCUCUCCCCAACCCUCCUUCGGGCAAGCUUGACUAUAUGACAAAGAUCCCUUCCAAUGUACAAUACGGAGAUGGGCACUAUUCUACUUCCGUUGUUGAUCUGGGGGAUAUUGGCAAAUAUGUUGCACUUAUCAUCAAAGACCCCCGCACGCUGAACAAGUAUGUCUUUGCCUACAACGAAGUCUGGACUCACGAUGCCAUGUUCAAACUGGUUGAGGAGCUGAGCGGAGAGACUGUUGAGCGUCAGAGUGUCCCAGAGGAAGCACUCGAGGCGGGAAUCCAAGAAGCCAGCAAGGCAUAUAAGCAGGACCCAUCUUACAAGAAUUUCGUCUUGUUGAUCGUCCAGCAGUACGCGAACCAGAACUGGGUUAGAGGUGACAACCUGCCAGAAACUGGGACAUAUCUUGGCUACCUACUUUCCAAAGAUCUGUACCCAGACUUCAAGUUUGUAGGUCUGAGGGACUUCGCCAAGGAAGCUCUGGAUGGUAAAGCACAGCCCGUGUAUACAACUAAAACCUUCGACUUUUAG